ACGAGCUAACUUCAAAAAUGCCGAAAUAUCCGGAGGAACAGAGAAACGUGAGUGUACCCCCUCCUGCUCGCUGGGUGUGGAGUGAUGAAACUCGGUCCGUGGAGUUUCUCAGUUCUGGUCCAGCAGAGGAGGGUGUUUUGAGGAAAAGGAGGAACACUAAUGUCAAUUUCAACGAUCUUCAACAGCGAUCAGAGUGGUUAGCUGAGAUCUGCACAGUCAACCGUAGAGGGCGCCAAAGCAUCACAAAGUGCCUGAGUCAUGCUCAUCCGAGUCCUGCUCAUCCGAGUCCUGCUCAUCUGAGUCCUGCUCAUCUGAGUGCUUACAGGGCCUCAGUGAUGAAGAGGCAAAGGGACCACAUCACCAUUGACGAUGUUAAACAGGUCGCCGUCAGUUUGCUACAGGAGAAUUAUUCGCUUCCCAUUCCCUUCUGCUUCUUGGCUGUAUUGAAGAGUAAAGAGCUCGAUGAAGUCCUGACUGCUCUUCUGCUUUAUCUGAGUUGUUUCUUUGAACACAAAUCUCUGGAGAACACACCAAAGUCUUUAAUGGCUGCAGACGUCACCACAGAGUACAAGCUGAUGACAGGGGCCUCUGCCAAAAAAGCGAUGGCUCAAAAGAAGCUGGCUGUUUGCUACUUCAGCCUAAUCAUGGACCUGAGGAUGGAACAGCAUGAACACACGUCAUAUCACAAGGGCCGGACGCUGUCAAACAGGACAGAAUGGCUGCUGCAUGCGUGCUUGUACAGCUUUUUCUGCUUUGUGGCCUGGGUGACGUUUGGCAGGAAGGACUUGAGGGACAUACAAGAGGAGGUGGGGCGUCUUUUGUACUCCGACACCUUCAACACGGCAGUGAGGAGAAGAACUGAUGAGGACUCAGAAGUGACCUUCGCUGAUGUUAAUGGUUCAGUGAAGACGGGAGAGGGUGACCCCAAGGAGACGGGACGUAAUAGCACACUCAGGCACGUUAAGGCGCAGCAAAGAAUGUCACAGAGUCGUCCGGCCCUCAGCAGUUUAGUUAAUCAGCGAUCCCCACUGAUGGUAUCUCUGCUGCCCUCGCCCCAAGAACGCUCACCCCAUCUGUUCCUCGGCAGCCGGGUCAGGAGACAGAGCCCACUGCAGGCUGAGUGCUGCGACACCAAGGCCCUGACGGAGGAGCUCGACCAGCAGCUGGCCAGUGUCAGCUUUGGGAUUCUUGGCAAGCCAUCGAGCCAGUUCAAUCACAGUACCUUGACACCUUACGAAGAACAGAAAAACAACUGAAAUGAGGAUGACGACCAUGAGCCACAGAGUGAUGUUAAUAACAAUAGUGAGGAUCAUCGUGGCAUCUACAUUCGAGGUAGCAGGUCAUCUUUAAUGUGUAACAAGUUAACAGGCCUUACCAGACAUAGCAGCACCACUCACGCAAACGCUAAAAGCUCUGCAGCUACCAUUGAAGCAGUGACCUCCGAUACUGAAUGAUGUGGAUGUGUGAGAGUAGCAGAUUGUUUGUUGUGUGCGUGAUAAUAACACAGACACUGCGUGUGUCCUCCAAAUGCUUUCCUCAGCACAGGGUCAAAAACAGAGAGAAAGACUCAGGUAGCUCAUGUGUGGCUCAUUUACAGAAGCACCUUCCUGCCUGCCUGUGUGCCACACACACACACACACACGUCGGGAUUGGCCUCUGAAUUUAAAUCAGUUUCUUAUUUGCCAGCUGGUGGUGCUGUUGAAUAAAAUAUAAUGAAAUCCAUAACAACUUUGAAGGUCUGCACUUUCAGUACAGUCUGAAAUAUAUUCACUUCACAUAUGAAAAUGAAGGAAGUCCAGCACAUUGCAUGCAUUAUUCAUGUCGGAUGAUAUGUAUUUGGGAAAUCAAAUUAUGCAGUCUUUACACAGAGUUUAUUUGUCGUCCUGAUCAGUGUUCACCUUUUUUGUGGUUACUGUAGAUCAUUGAAGGCGUCCCUUAGACCACUGAGUCAUUGUGAGUCCUUGUGCUGCAACAGGCUGACAGUAACAUGACACACACACACACACAC